AAAAGAAAAAAAGCCACACUGAAAGCUCCGCCUCCCCCCCAUCCCUGAUCUCGCUCUCCUCUCGCCCGGUUUUUUAAUGAUGGAUAUUCGAGUCCAAGUGGCGGCAUCGGAAGCGAGACCACCCUCCUCUCUUUGGAAGUCUCUCCUCCCACUUGAACCCACAAAUAGAAGUGGGGAAGCAGAGGAAGACCGGUAGUUCCCUAGAAAUAGGAGGAAAGAGCCCAAGAAGUGCAGAAAAAAGACGAGAGAGAGAGAGAGAGAGAAGGAGAUGGGUCUGCCGAGCGACGACGUGGUAGUCAUCCGGCAGCCGGAGAGGCCCGGAGAGCCGAGCGUUAUCACCAUCAGUUGCCCGGACAAGAUCGGCCUCGGCUGCGACCUCUGCCGCGUCAUCCUACUCUUCGGCUUGAGCAUUGUUAGGGGAGACGUGAGCACGGAUGGGAAAUGGUGCUACAUACUGUUCUGGGUGGUGGAGAGGGGAGGGGAGGCGACGAGGUGGGGGCUGCUGAAGAAGAGGCUGCUGGGGGCUUGCCCCUUGCCACCGUCGCUGUUGGGGAUUGACAGCUACUACACUAGGCAGCCUGAUGCAGAGCAGCAGCCUCGAGUUUUUCUGCUCAAGUUCUCGUGCUACGAUCGCUUGGGCCUCUUGCAUGAUGUGACGCAGGUGCUAUGUGAGCUGGAGCUCACAAUCAGGAGGGUGAAGGUAUCCACCACUCCAGAUGGGAGAGUUAUGGACCUCUUCUUCAUCACUGACACGAGGGAACUUCUUCACACCAAGAGCAGAAAGGAUGAGACAUGUGCCCAGUUGAAAGCUGUUCUAGGGGAAUUCAUGACUAGUUGCGACAUCGAACCAGCCAGGGCAGACAUCGCUGCAUGUUUGCAGGCUUCAUCUUCUCCACCCUAUUCAAUCACAGAGGAGAUGUUUGGUCUGGAGCUUCCAGAUGAACCAUCCACAGGAUCUCUUCCAACAUUUAAUAGUCUUUCAGUCACAAUGGAUAACUCCCUCAGCCCUGCUCAUACGCUUAUUCAACUUUGUUGUUAUGAUCACAAGGGCCUCUCAUAUGACAUCAUGAGAACCCUGAAGGACUACAACAUUCAGAUUUCUUAUGGGCGAUUCAAUGCAUCUCAUAAUGGAAACUGCGAAAUAGAUUUGUUUGUGAUGCAAAUAGAUGGGAAGAAAAUUGUUGAUCCAAACAAGCAGAAGGCACUGUGUGAUCGCUUGAGAAUGGAGUUGUUUCGUCCACUCCGUGUUACAGUGGUGAGCCGUGGACCUGACACAGAGCUUUUAGUUGCAAAUCCAGUUGAAUUAGCUGGCAACGGCCGCCCUCUAGUUUUUUAUGAUAUCACCCUUGCCCUCAAAAUGCUUGGCACUCGCAUCUUUUUGGCUGAGAUUGGGAGGCAUGUCAUCGGCGAUAGGGAAUGGGAGAUCUACAGAAUAUACCUUGGUGAUGAUCAGGAGCUUGCAGCAUCAAGGAACAAGAUUGUAGAGGGAGUGACAAAGAUGUUAAUGGGUUGGGACUGAUUUGAGUUGAAACAUGUUCUCUCUUUCUUGUUCCGGCAUUCUUGAAGUCUUCAACAUCAAGAAGCUAUUUUCAGCAUAUUUGUUGUACAGUCUACUCCAUGUUGUAUAUUUUUCUACUGGCUGCACUAAGAUCAAAGAGUGAGCUAACCUGUUUUACUUGCUUUCCCUUGUACACAAGGGUUAUGCAAAAAUUGCAAGACCUAGCUGGCAUAUCAGAUAAAAGGAGAAGAUAACGAGAGGAACAAAGAAUACAACUCAUGUAACAUUUGUAUAUGUGGUAGGAAGAGCAGAUACUUGUACAUCAAAAAAAAGGUAGAUAACAACAAAAAAAACAGAUGCUUGUUUGAUAAUCAGUAUUAACUUGCUUGAGUUCAUUUUUAA